GUUGUAGGUGAUCCGGUGCAAAGCUGCGGUAGCAUGGGAGGCCGGGAAACCUCAGGUGAUGGAGGAGGUGGAGGUGGCCCCUCCUAAAAGUGGGGAGGUUCGCCUUAAGGUCGUUGCCACAGGGAUCUGUCACACUGACUCCUACACACUCAGUGGCUCCGACCCUGAGGGGGUGUUCCCUGUAGUGCUGGGCCAUGAGGGAGCUGGAAUUGUGGAGAGUGUUGGGGAGGGGGUCACCAAGUUUCAAAAAGGGGACACAGUCAUACCCUUGUACAUCCCACAGUGUGGUGAGUGCAAGUUCUGUAGGAAUCCCAAAACCAACUUGUGUCAAAAGAUCAGGCUCACUCAGGGCAAAGGCUUGAUGCCAGAUGGAACAACCCGUUUCACCUGCAAAGGCAAGAGCCUCUUCCACUUCAUGGGCUGUAGCACAUUCUCUGAGUACACAGUGGUGGCUGAUAUCUCCCUGGCUAAAGUGGAUCCCAUGGCCCCUCUGGACAAGGUGUGUCUGCUUGGCUGUGGCAUCACCACAGGCUAUGGAGCUGCUGUAAACACUGCCAAGGUGGAGGCUGGCUCCACCUGUGCCGUGUUUGGCCUGGGGGCGCUGGGUCUUGCAGCUAUUAUGGGCUGUAAUGCAGCCGGGGCAGCCAGGAUUAUUGGAGUGGAUCUCAACCGGGACAAAUUUAAAACUGCUCGAGAGUUUGGUGCCACAGAGGUGGUGAACCCGAAGGACCACAGCAGGCCGAUCCAAGAGGUCCUGGUGGAGAUGACAGAUGGAGGCGUGGACUACUCCUUUGAAUGCGUGGGCAAUGUGGCAAUAAUGAGAGCUGCCCUGGAGGCCUGUCAUAAAGGCUGGGGCACUAGCGUCAUCAUCGGGGUGGCAGCAGCCGGACAGGAGAUCUCAACUCGGCCCUUCCAGCUGGUGACCGGACGCACGUGGAAAGGAACUGCUUUUGGGGGAUACAAGAGUGUCGACAGUGUUCCAAAACUUGUUGAGGAGUACAUGAAAAAGAAGCUCAAAGUGGACGAAUUUGUGACUCACACUCUGCCCUUUGAGAAGAUCAAUGAAGGGUUUGAUCUCAUGCAUGCUGGGAAAUGCAUUCGCGUCGUUCUUCAGCUCUAGAUGCACAGAAGCCCAGGAAACCAUGAUCGCACUCCAAGUUUACCCUGCUCUGUUGAAUAAAUCCUUCAGUUCCCUCUU